UUAUGAAAUGCUUUUGCAAAUGCAGUUAGCAGCCCACGAGCGCAUGAGCACAGGAGAGUUUAGCUGGAGAAGACACACAGGUUGGAGGUCACACGACACGGUUCUCAUCAGGACUUCAAACAAAACAAAACGAAACGAAAAAACAAACAAAAAAAACGCAGUUUUAAUUGAGACAUCACUCUCAAGGCUAGUGUUUGUAUCUGAACGUACUUUAUCAGAACGCAGGCGCAUCCCACAAUGUCGGUGUCACUUGCGCUCAUAUCUCCACGGAGAGCGAGGAAGAGGACCGCCCCCACCGUGUCUAUCCUCAUCCUGAACGCCAUCUCCUCCUACGGGGGCUCACGCGGCGUGUCCCUGGUGGCCCUCAAGAAGGUGCUAAAGGUGAGCGGCUACGACGUGACCCGGAACCGAGCCAGGAUCCGCCUCGCUCUGCGCAGGUUGGUCGCCAAAAAAGUCAUUGUGCGCACCCGGGGCAAAGGGGCUUCGGGUUCCUUCAAGCUCAACCCCAAACCGCCCAGGGGUCGCAGAAGGAGAGCCGCGAGGGGGCAGAGGAGGAGCAAGAAGAGGAGGAGGAGGGGAAGGGGGAAGAAGAGAAAGGCCCAAGGGGGAAGGGCCAGGAGGAGUCGCUCCAGGAGAAGACGCAGGAGGGCCACCCCUGCGAGAAAAAGGUCGACCAGGAGGAGGAGAAGAGCCCCGAGAAGGAAGACGCCCAAAAGAAUCAGGAGGGUCCGACGUAAACGCUCCAAGCCCACCAAAGUCCGCGGGAGGAGGGUUAGGAUGAGCGGAAGGAUGUUGAAAUGAUCCACGGCAUCCGAAGAACCACAUGGACUAUGUAUUUAUAAAGCUAUAGUGUCUAUGCUAUCUGUCCUUCUG